AUGUUCAGAAACAACUACGACAACGAUUCCGUUACAUUCUCUCCGCAAGGGAGAAUCUUCCAGGUCGAAUAUGCCGCCGAAGCUGUGAAGCAAGGCUCAGUAGUGGUGGGCCUGGUGAGCAAGACGCACGCAGUACUAGUUGCUAUCAAGCGAAAUGCAGAAGAGCUCUCGUCGUACCAGAAAAAGCUAUUCGCCGUGGACGAGCACGUAGGCCUCGCUAUCGCCGGGCUGACCUCCGACGCCCGCGUGCUGUCCAACUUCAUGAAGCAGCAGUGCCUGUCGCAGCGGCUGACGUACGACCGGGCGAUGCCGCUCGACACGCUCGUCUCGCUGAUCGGCGAGAAGGCGCAGCGCAACACGCAGCACUACGGCAAGCGGCCGUACGGCGUGGGGCUGCUCGUCGCCGGCGUCGACGACACGGGCCCCCACCUGUUCGAGUUCCAGCCGAGCGGCAUGACCCAGGAGAUGCUCGCCUGCGCCAUCGGCGCCCGCUCCCAGAUGGCCCGCACCUACCUCGAGAAGAACCUGGACAAGUUCCCCGCCUGCGGCCGCGACGAGCUCGUCCGCCACGGCCUCCGCGCCCUCAAGGAGACCCUCGUCCAGGACCGCGAGCUCACCCUCGAGAACACGAGCGUCGGCGUCGUCGGCCUCCGCGCCCCCGGCCUGACCCCCGCCAAGGGCCUCGAGUUCUUCAAGGUCCACGACGGGCCCGAGGUCAAGGAGUGGAUCAACAGCGUCGCCGACGACGCCGAGGCCGCCGCCGAGGGCGAGACCGCCGAGCCCGCGGACGGCGGGGACGGGAUGCAGGUAGAUGACUGA